AUGGCUAAAGAAUUGAUAAAAGUAGAUGAUGGUCCAAAGAAGAUUGGUCAUAUUCAAUUUGGUAUUCUAUCACCGGAUGAUAUGAUUAGUCUUUCACAUGUAGAGAUUAUUAAUAGAGAGUUAUUCGAUCAGUCCAAUAGAGGACCGAUGCAAUAUGGUUGUCUUGACAAUCGUUUGGGUACUUCGGACAAGUCGAUCAUCUGUAAGACCUGUGGAUUGAGUAUCGUCGAUUGUGUCGGUCAUUUUGGUUAUAUAAAGUUACAACUACCCGUAUUUCAUAUAGGUUAUUUCAAAAACAUUACAAAUAUUCUACAGAUGAUUUGUAAAGGAUGUUCAGCUAUAUUAUUGGAUGAUGAGAAAAAGACGACUUUCCUGAGAAAGAUUAGAAACAGAAAGUUGGAUGUACUUCAGAGAAGAGCGUUGUUGAAAAAGAUAUAUUUGGAGUGUAGAAAGAAGAAGUUUUGUCCGCGUUGCAAUAUGGUACAGGGAACGGUGAAGAAGGUGUCGGCGCUAAAGUUGGUGCAUGAACGUUACAAGGGAAAGAACGAUGAGUAUAUUCGUGAUUUCCUGUCGAAUUUCGAUGAGGCGAUCAAAUAUAACUCCGAGAUGAAGGGACACAUCAAGAAGGCGCAGGAAGACUUGAAUCCACUGGUGGCGCUCAACCUCUUCAAGCGAAUCACCUCACAGGACACAGAGUUGCUCGACAUGAAUCCAGAGUUGGGACGACCGGAACGACUGAUUCUGACGCACAUUUUGGUGCCGCCAGUCUGCAUACGUCCGUCGGUGCCGAUGGACGGUGGCUCUGGCUCGAACGAGGACGACCUCACCAUGAAACUCUCGGACAUCCUACACAUCAACGAGAAUAUCCGAACGAAUGUCGACAAGAUGGAAAUGGUUGCCAUCAUGGAGGAUUGGGACUAUUUGCAAGCGAGUUGCGCUAUCUAUAUCAACAGUGAGUUGCCGGGACUGCCUCUGCAGAUGAAGCCACAGAAGCCGAUUCGUGGACUCUCACAGCGUCUCAAGGGAAAGACCGGUCGUUUCCGUGGUAAUCUCUCUGGUAAGCGUGUCGACUUUUCCGGUCGUACCGUAAUUUCACCCGAUCCCAACUUGAAUAUCGACGAGGUGGCUGUUCCGCACUUGAUUGCGCUCACCAUGACCUAUCCGGAGCGUGUCGCCGAGUACAACUUGACACGUCUACAAAAGUAUGUUAUCAACGGUCCCGACAAACAUCCCGGUGCCAACUACAUCAUCUAUCCGGACGGCGAGAAGAAAUGGCUGAAAUACGGUAAUCGUGAGAAGCUGGCAGCGGAAUUGAAACCUGGCGACAUCGUAGAGCGUCAUAUUAUCGAUGGUGACGUCGUUCUGUUCAAUCGUCAGCCUUCACUCCACAAACUUUCAAUUAUGGCGCACAAAGCACGUGUCAUGCCAUGGCGUACUCUUCGUUUCAACGAGUGUGUAUGCACUCCGUACAAUGCAGAUUUCGACGGUGACGAAAUGAACUUGCAUUUGCCUCAGACCGAGGAGGCGCGUGCCGAAGCGCUCAUCCUUAUGGGUGUAACCAACAAUUUGAUUACACCGCGUAAUGGAGAGCCACUGGUUGCCGCCACCCAAGAUUUCUUGACGUCGUCCUACUUGAUUUCGCGACGUGACGCCUUCUACGAUCGUACGAGAUUCGCCUAUAUGUGCACUCACUUUGCCGAUGCCUACGAACACAUCGACAUGCCACCUCCAACCAUUUUGAAACCGAUCGAACUCUGGACUGGAAAGCAGUUGUUUGAAGUGCUAUUGCGUCCAUCCGUCAAGUCGCAUGUGCUCGUCAACUUUGAAACGAAAUCGAGAACCUACGAAAAGAAUCUCUAUAUGUGUCCAAAGGAUGGUUACGUUUACUUUAGAAACAGUGAGUUGAUGUGCGGAUCCAUCGAUAAAUCAAUCAUUGGAGGUGGUAACAAAAAUUCGUUGUUCCACAUUCUGAUGAGAGAUUUCACACCUGCGAUUGCUGCCAAUGCUAUGACGCGUCUGGCCAAGUUGUGUGCGCGUUUCCUCGGUGACCAAGGAUUCUCCAUUGGUAUUCCCGAUGUAAAACCAUCGUUCGAGCUGAAUGCCAAGAAGGACGCAAUCAUUGCUGUAGGUCACGGUAAAUGUGACCAAUUCCUCACGGCCUACAAAGCCGGAAAGCUACCGGCUCAAUCCGGUUGCACUGUCGAGCAAACUCUCGAGUCCAAGAUGAACAGUGUUCUCUCAGACAUUCGUGAUGAGUGUGGUAAGCUGUGUAUUAAGGAACUCCCACAUUAUAACUCACCGUUGAUUAUGGCGCUGUGUGGAUCGAAGGGUUCCAACAUUAACAUUGCGCAGAUGAUUGCGUGUGUCGGACAACAGACUGUCAAUGGUACUCGUAUUCCCAAUGGUUUCACCAACCGUACAACACCACAUUUCCCUAUCAACGCAAAGGAACCACCCGCCAAGGGAUUCGUAGCCAACAGUUUCUACACCGGUAUGAUUCCCACAGAGUUCUUUUUCCAUACGAUGGGUGGUCGUGAGGGUCUGGUAGAUACAGCUGUCAAGACAGCGGAAACCGGUUAUAUGCAGCGUCGUCUGAUGAAGGCACUCGAAGAUCUCUCUACUCAAUACGAUUACACUGUGAGAGAUUCCAUCGGUGGUAUCGUCCAAUUCAUCUAUGGUGAUGACGGUCUCGAUCCAGCUGGUAUGGAGGCGAAAGAACGUCCAGUUGACUUUGCCCGUGCCAUGAUGAGUGUCAAGUCUACAAAGCAAUGUAGAAACGAGGAGUCACUCCGUCCCUACAAAAUCAAACUGCUCCUGGAAUCACAGCUAAAGAGUAGCAAGUUUGCUCAAUGUACAGAUUUGUUCAAAGAUGAAAUCAGAUCGUUCUUUUACGGAAAACCAAAGCAAGAAGGUUACAUUGAGGAGUUGUUAAAGUUGCGUAAGAGUUUCAAUCUUCCAUCCUAUGAGGUUGACGGUGAUCAAACAAUGACAUCGGUUGAGGACGAACCGCCCGCCCGACUGACUCCCGAUCAAUUCGAACAUUUGGUCGACCAGAUUCAUCGUAUCACAAAGUCACAGCUAGAGUUAUUCUUGGAGAUUUGUCUCGACAAGUACAGUAGAGCCAGAAUUGAACCGGGUACUGCAGUGGGUGCCGUUGGUGCCCAAAGUAUUGGUGAGCCAGGUACACAGAUGACUUUGAAAACUUUCCAUUUUGCUGGUGUAGCCAGUAUGAACGUAACACUUGGUGUGCCUCGUAUCAAGGAAAUUAUCAAUGCCGCAAAGACCAUCAGUACUCCCAUUAUCACCGCUACGCUCAACUGUGACGACGACAUCAGAUCGGCGCGUAUCGUCGCCGGUCGUAUCGAGAAGGUAACUCUUGGACAGGUUGCUAUUUUCAUCAAAGAGGUCUUUAGAAACGCUGGUUGCUAUAUCACUAUCAAGAUCGAUAAGAAAUUCAUUGAUUCUCAACAGCUCGACAUCGAUCCCGAAUCCAUUCGUAGAGCGAUUAUCGGCACAAAGAUACUGAAACUCAAGGAGAAGCAUGUUAUCGCUUCGGGAGAUGACAAGAUCCGUGUGGAACCAGUGGACACCUCGCGUGAAAUGAUGCUCUACAAUCUACAGUUCCUCAAGAACAACUUACCGAAUGUCAUUGUCAGAGGUAUUUCGACUGUGAAUCGUGUGGUCAUCGACGAAAAGAAUGGAAAAUACAAACUUUUAAUCGAAGGUUACGAUUUGCUGCAUGUGAUGACAACCGCUGGAAUCAACGGAACUCACACCAAUUCCAAUCACAUGAUGGAAGUAGAGAAAUAUCUUGGAAUCGAAGCAGUUCGUCAAACGAUUAUCGACGAAAUUCAAAUGAUUAUGAUUAAUCACGGUAUGUCUAUCGAUAGUAGACACGUUAUGUUGCUGGCAGAUCUUAUGAGUUUCAAGGGUGAAAUCUUGGGUAUCACUCGUUUCGGUAUUGCAAAGAUGAAGGAAUCCGUACUGAUGUUGGCGUCUUUCGAAAAGACAACCGACCAUCUUUUCGACGCUGCCGUUCACAGAAGACAAGACGAUAUCGUUGGUGUAUCAGAGUGCAUUAUCAUGGGUAUCCCUGUUCCACUCGGAACCGGUCUUUUCAAACUUUUAUACAACUCUAGAAAGACAAAUCUACCAAGAAAAUCGUUGUUACUUUCUGAUUAG